GAGUAUGUCUCAUUCAAAUGGUCAAUGGAGGAAUGAAGAAAUAGUAUUCUAGAAAGAAAAAAGUACAACUGUUAUGCAGCAGCUGCCCUUUUCAAUUGUCUAGGUCAAAGCUGUUAAACUUGAGAUUCUAACUAGGGUUACAGAACCGUUACAUCGACUGUAAGAUCCUAUGGUAGUAGUUAAUAUUUAAGUUUAUGUUGGCUCACUUGGGUGUAGGGUAUGUUGAGUUGUAUAAGAAGGGAAUGUGGAGACAAAAUAGUUAAUAUACAUAUAUUUCAUAAUUAGACAGGUACAAAAGAAUAAAGAGCUGGGUCAACCUGGACAGGUAAAUAGGAGCAAAGGGACUAUUUGGUAUAAUUGGUUAUGUAAAUAAGUAUUUUAGGAAUUUAUAUGUAUAACAAUAAUAAAUGCUACCAUUGGGACUCAUGUUUAGAGCCCCUGAAGUAGAUAAAAAGUGCUACUUCGUUAUCAAUAUAAGAACCAUGGUUUGUGUUCACGGUUGCCAAAGGACUAAGGCCUUGUUCGAUGGAGCUGUUGGGGGUUCUUUCGCACCCCAACUGCUAUGGUAAUCCACCUUCAUCUCCAAAUGGGAGCGAUUUGCAGGUUAUUGUAGUUGCUGUAGUAUAUUUUUCUUUCCCAAAGUUCCUCUGAUUUUUAAAAAAUACCUACUUUUCCCCCAAAUACUUUAAAAAAUUCCCUCAUAAGUAAUGCGCUUAAAAGUAAAUUUACAUAACGACAUCAAGUCAAUGGAACUCUAUAAACGUAAUAUAUCUAAACAAGUGUCUAACAGGUACAAAUGGAUGAAACAAAAGGCCCCUAAGUUGUACAGUAUGGUCCUAAUUUGAGAAUUCAAUUUCUUAUAUAUCCUCGUGUUUAUAUUAUAUGCCAGUCAUUUUUGUUCACUCUUCUCUUCUCAAUCAUUUUCAUCAAUCUUUCAGGUUCGUCAAAUGACAAUAACAAUAAGAACAAUCGUUAAUGGCUUGUUCUACCUUGCAACAUGUGUGUUUGGCAUGAACUCUAUAGGCUUAUUCCUCUAUUCUGGCCAGCUUGUCUUAAACUUGCUCUCUGGGAGUUCUACUCCAAGUCAAGAAACUGAAAACAAAAGAGAAACACAACUGAGCUCUGAUCCUGUAGAUACAAGUGGGAGAAACAUUAAUAAAGAUGAUAUAGCUUCGGAGAGUACAGAUUAAUUCAAGGUAUAAAAAAGAAGGGAAUAAAUUCAGUAGCCGAGUUUGUGUGAUGUACAAAUUCAAUGAGGCCACACCUUUGUUGCUAAGACAAUGUCUAUUCUGCCCUUUUUGUUAGCCCCAACAUCAGAAUGCCGCGAGCUACUUAGAUUACAGAUACUAGAACCCCCCCUUUGAUUUAGAAAGUACUUCGUAGUUCUUUUUAUUAAAACACACAUGUAAAGUACUGUGACGAUGCUAUAGCACUAU